AUGGGAACGUGGAGCCAGACGGCGACCCGGCCUUCCUGCUGCCACUGGGCGACCGAGGCUGGAAGAGAAGCGCGGGGCCGCCGGUCAGGCCGCGGCCCUGGAGGCCUGCGGGCGAGCUCAAGCCGCCCUGCCGGCUUCCAGUCGGGCACAGCGGGGGUUCCUCUGGGGAUGUCUGUGUUUGGGCCCGACGCUCACGGGCCUAAGAAAACAUGUCAGCGGGAGGAAAAGCGCCGGCCGCGCAGACAAGAUGACAAAGUUCCCAAGAUGUUCCGGAGAGCCCUGGCGCAGCUGUCUCUGAACAGCAUGAAGGCCGCCAACAUCUGCAUCGCUCGCCCGGUCCUGCUGACGGCGGCGGCAGGAAGGCAGGAGGUCUGCACUGCCUGGCCCACCCCAGGCUUCCCAGGUGGGAAGAUUGGGCUGAGUGACACCACACAGAAGAACCUGAGAGUCAGUGUGGGUGAUGCCAUCACCGUGCAGCCCGUAACCGGUGCGGUCAUCCAGGCAGAAGACGUUGCUGUGAAGCUGAGGGACAAAGAUGCCUGUAUUAAUGCUGAGGAAAUGUCUGUCUGUCUGCUGAGAAACUUAGAUGGGAAAGUUGUUUUACCGGAAAAUCUCUUGGCAUUCAGUUUCUAUGGCAAACUGUGUAACGUGGUGGUGAUGAAGGUGAAGGGAACUGACGGUGUGGAGCUGCAUGCCCAGGCUGGUGCCAUUUCCAGCGAGGUGUGUGAGCCAGACCUGGAGAAAUCCGACUUGGAGAUGAGUGCGCUGGAUCUGUCCUUACGGCUCAGCAGGAUGGACAUUGAUGAAGAUCCAGAGGCUGUAUCUUCGAGCACUCCAUGCAAACCGGCAUGUCCGGGUUCGCCGGUUACGCCCAGUUCUGCUGUGGCAGCCGCUGGUCAAGGCUCUGCUCAGGGAGGUGAAGCCUACAGCAGGGAGGAUGCUGCAGGUCUGGCUGCUGGUUUGGAGCUAGCCAGGAAAGGAGGCACUGAGGGGCUUCCACCGGCUGCCAAACCUGGAGCAUUCAGCAGCACAGACACUUUUUAUUACAUUUCUUCAAGAACUAGAAUCAAUUUUAUUGAAACUAGGACAAACAUAGCGGAAGAUGGUGACCGUGGACCCCAAGUUACCUAUGACAUGAUAGGAGGUUUAAGCAGCCAGCUCAAAACUAUUAGAGAAAUGGUUGAACUGCCCCUGACGCAAGCUGAACUGUUCAAGAGUUACGGAAUCCCACCUCCUAGAGGAGUGCUGUUGUAUGGCCCUCCAGGUACCGGGAAGACUCUAAUUGCGAAAGCCAUCGCAAAUGAGGUUGGCGCUCACGUAACUGUUAUUAAUGGUCCUGAAAUAAUAAGCAAGUUUUAUGGGGAAUCCGAAUCAAGAUUACGUCAGAUAUUUGCCGAAGCUUCUUUACGUCAUCCCUCUAUUAUAUUUAUAGAUGAGUUGGAUGCGCUCUGUCCAAAGAGAGAAGGGGCUCAGAAUGAAGUCGAAAAGAGAGUUGUAGCUUCCUUGCUGACAUUAAUGGAUGGUAUUGGCUCAGAAGGCAGUGAAGGGCAGCUCGUGGUACUAGGGGCCACCAACCGUCCUCAUGCACUAGAUGCAGCACUGCGCAGACCUGGCCGUUUUGAUAAAGAAAUAGAAAUAGGAGUUCCUAAUGCCCAGGACCGCCUGGACAUACUCCAAAAGCUUCUGAAGAACGUUCCCCAUUCUCUCACAGCAGCAGAGAUGAUGCAACUGGCUGAUAGUGCACAUGGUUAUGUGGGUGCUGACUUAGCAGCCUUGUGCAAGGAAGCAGGUCUGUACGCGCUGCGGAGAGCUCUGGGGAAGCAAGCUCGCCCCUCAGACACCGAGGUGGCUGGGUCAGUGAUGAUUGCUUUCAAUGACUUCCUGCAGGGGAUGAAGGAUGUCAGGCCCAGCGCCAUGAGGGAGGUGGCAGUCGAUGUGCCAAAAGUAUCUUGGUCAGACAUAGGAGGACUGGAAGAUGUCAAGCUGAAACUGAAGCAGGCAGUUGAAUGGCCUCUGAAGCAUCCUGACUCCUUCAUCCGAAUGGGGAUUCAGCCUCCAAAAGGUGUGCUGCUUUACGGACCUCCUGGAUGUUCAAAAACAAUGAUAGCGAAAGCUUUGGCUCAUGAAAGUGGCCUCAACUUCUUGGCAGUGAAGGGGCCUGAACUGAUGAAUAAGUAUGUUGGUGAGUCGGAACGAGCAGUGAGAGAGAUCUUUAGGAAAGCCAGAAUGGUGUCUCCUUCAAUUCUUUUCUUUGAUGAAGUAGAUGCCUUGGCAGUCGAAAGGGGAAACUCUUCAGGUGCUGGAAAUGUAGCAGACCGUGUCUUGGCUCAGUUGUUGACGGAAAUGGAUGGGAUAGAGCAGCUGAAGGACGUGACAAUUUUGGCAGCUACAAACAGACCGGACAUGAUAGACAAGGCUUUGCUGAGACCAGGGAGAAUAGACAGAAUUAUCUAUGUGCCGUUGCCAGAUGCAGCCACUCGUGGAGAGAUCUUCAAACUUCAUUUUCGAUCCAUGCCAGUCAGUGAGGAAGUCUGCUUAGCAGAGCUUGUUCAGCACACACAUAAGUAUUCAGGAGCAGAGCAGCUGCUCAGCCUUCUGUCCCCAAAACAAGCAGAACAACAGUCAAACCUGCUGAGAAAUCUGCUAUUUCAAAUAAUUUUCCAGAUACUGCAUUUUGUGAGUGCAGAUGAAUCUGAUGAAGGAACUAGCUGGCCUGCAGAGAUCGAUCAGCCACUCUUCCAAGAACAACCUGACUUUUUCACCAGUGUGAUAACAGCAGUCUGUAGAGAAGCUGCCCUGCUAGCACUUCAAGAAGACAUCAAUGCCAAAUGUAUCACGGGACGGCAUUUUCAGGAUGCACUGACGGUUGUGACACCAAGAAUUCCCGAUUCCUUAAUCCAGUUUUAUGCAGAUUAUCAGCAGCAAAGUGGACUGCAUGCGCUUUGAAAGGCAAACCAAUACAUAUGCCUGUCCAUGGUGUGAAUAGCAAAUUUCCUUUGUAAAGCUGACAAAAGCCAAAGAAUUUUGUAUUGUACGUGGCAUGUCCAAUGCUAACUCAAAUGUGGAAUCAUCAUAAUAAAUGUCCAUGUGGAUUUUUUGAGUGUAACAGAAA